GAGCACACCGAUCCUGGGCAGUCACCCCCACCCUCCACACCGGACCACACCACCUGUACGAUACCAUCCGACAAUCCGACCGAAACCCGACCAUCCGACCGCCACUCAGGCUCACACCUGUCCUCGGACGAGUAUGGUGUCACCUUGUCUGGCCAUGACGUCUCUAUCUCACGGAUAAAGUGGACUGUGCGGGGGGGCACAAAAGAGUCGCUGCUGAAGUACCUCACGCGCCACGACCACAACG